AUGAAGAUCCUCACAGAGCGUGGCUACAGCUUCACCACAACCGCCGAACGCGAAAUCGUCCGUGACGUCAAGGAGAAGCUCUGCUACGUGGCUCUCGACUUUGAGAACGAAAUGGCCACUGCUGCCUCAAGCUCUUCCCUCGAGAAGACCUAUGAACUCCCCGAUGGUCAGGUGAUCACUGUUGGCAACGAGCGCUUCCGCUGCCCCGAGGCUCUCUUCCAGCCCAGCUUCUUGGGUCAAGAGAGUUGUGGAAUUCAUGAGACCACUUACAACUCCAUCAUGAAAUGCGAUGUCGACAUCAGGAAAGACCUGUACUGCAACAUUGUCAUGUCAGGUGGAUCGACCAUGUACCCGGGCAUUGCUGACAGAAUGAACAAGGAGAUCAGCUCGCUCGCUCCCUCAUCAAUGAAGAUCAAAAUCAUUGCACCUCCUGAGCGCAAAUACUCAGUUUGGAUCGGUGGCUCAAUCCUGGGAUCCCUGUCCACCUUCCAGCAGAUGUGGAUCACCAAGCAGGAAUACGACGAAUCCGGCCCACAAAUCGUUCAUCGCAAAUGUUUCUAA